ACACACACACACACACACACACACACACACACACACACACACACACACACACACACACACACACACACACACACACACACACACACACACACACACACACACACACACACACACACACACACACACACACACACACACACACACACACACUCAGCUCCCAGACCCCAGUCCCUGUGUGGAUACAGCAACACAUUCCUCUUGGAGUCUCCUCUUCCUCCACGUGACCAACGGACCAUGGAGUUAUAAGAGAGUGAUGGAUGAGUUUUAACUGUUACAGCUAUAGUAACAGUAUGGUCCUAGACAGUAUCAACACAGCCACCAACCCUCUCAAGAUGAGUCUAAUGGACGUCUCCAAGAUCUUCUCUCUGCUUCAGCCCAAGGAAGAGGAUGAGGAGGACAAUGAGCAUGGCCAGGCUCUGAACCAGGCAGUGAGCAGUGAUGACGUGGUGCUGGUAGCUGAGCUGUUGUCCCAGGAGAGCUACAGAACGUGUAUCAACAGCAGAAGCGGCUGGGGCAUCCCUGUUACCCCCCUACGGACCGCCGCAGCACACGGACACCUGAGGUGUCUGGAACUCCUGCUGGAGCACGGAGCGGAGGUGGACAGUCUUGAUGUGAAGGCCCAGACCCCUCUGUUUACAGCGGUCAGUGGUAAACACCUGGACUGUGUUGUGGUCUUACUAAAGGCUGGAGCCGACCCCAACGGCAGCCCGUACAACAACUGUUCCCCGGUGCUGACCGCCGCCCGCGAGGGAGACGUGGAGGUCCUCAGGGAGCUGCUUCAGUUCGGAGCCGAGGUCGACGUCUGGCCCAAAGUCCCUGAGUGGGCCUCCAACGCCACAGCCUGCAGGGGACCCCUGUACAUAUCCGCUGUAUAUGGACACCUGGACUGUUUUAAGCUGCUACUGCUCCACGGGGCUAAUCCUAACUAUAACUGUAAGUCAGAGAAGAUGCUGGCCAGGAUCAAGCAGCCCAAGACGGUGCUGGAGAUGUGUCUCAGGUAUGGCUGUGGAGUGGAAUACAUACAGCUGCUCAUAGACUUUGGGGCAGACGUGUAUCUGCCCACGCUGAUUAUUGACAAGACCACCAAGCAGAACGAAGCGGUGGUGCUGCUGCUCAAGGAGAGAGUUUGUCCCAAUACUCUGAUGUCACUGACACGGCUUGCAAUUCGGAGAUACCUCCCCAUGGUUAAUAAAAUGACGUCCAUAGACCGCUUGGACAUUCCCCAGAUACUGAGGAACUACCUGAAACAUCUCACCUGACCUCUCUCUCCUGACCUCUGAACUCUGCAUGAAGAUGAUGUCACAAAUGGAUACGCUAUUUGGCUGUGUCUCAAUAGUCUACAGUGGAUUCCUCUGCUUCCUCUCCACUGUUCUGAAAACACAUGCCUAUUUGGCUGUGUCUCAAUAGUCUACAGUGGAUUCCUCUGCUUCCUCUCCACUGUUCUGAAAACACAUGCCUAUUUGGCUGUGUCUCAAUAGUCUACAGUGGAUUCCUCUGCUUCAUCUCCACUAUUCUGAAAACACAUGUUAGGCGAAAGCAAUAUGGAGGAUGAUUUAUGCAAAACUUUCAAAAAAAGUGCAACAAUUUCAUACCAUCCUCUUCUGUCUCUACUGAGUGCAUCAUGGGCUGUAAUGUCCAGUUUGUUCUGUUUCUAUUGUAGGUGUGAAUAAUAGUUAUGCCAAGUUUGCCUUUGAAUAGCUGUGGAGGUUGAAUUAGAAUAAACAUAUUUAUUUAA